CGGACGGGAUGGACCGAAUUGAACCGAAUGGAGUAUAUAACCGCACGCAGUUUGUGGCGAGACCCCGCAGAAAAAUGUAUACUGUGUCGAAAGGACCGAGUAAAAUCGUUGCUAAAACGAGAAGAGGGAUCGCACACACGCAGAAUCUAGAAAGGUUGGAAACUUUCCGUGAUCAACUUACAAAAAAAACUCUUGAACCAGAACCGGGACAGGUUACGAAUGUGCCAAAGCCAGUAUUUCAUAUUGUAAAUGGUAAGAAAUCGAGUAGUCUGAGAGCCCAGCAGAAGGUAAUCACCCCCCAGCACGCGGAACUUAUCAACUUCAUUUAUGAAUCUUGGGAUGAAGUUUGUAAGGAAUUCGAACAAGAGCCAUCAGAGAACAGUCAAAAUGCACCACACUGCAUAGUGUACCACAAUGAUGGUGAACCAAAUGGAAUACUGCAAGAUUUUAAACCAUUUGAUUUGGAGUCAUGGUGGGGUAAAAGGUUGUUCAACAACAUCACAAAAUCUAUAUAAAAUUCUAAAACCAUUUCUCUCGUUCUCAUAUCGUGUGAAUGAUGACUUGAGGAUCACUUAUCUCCGAAUCAUCGUUCAUUAUAGGACUCUCACUCCACCUCUGAGGAAAAAAGAAGUUUGCAGGAACUCAUUAAUGGAAAAUUCAGAACUAAAGCAAGGUUGUGCAACUAUUCUUCGUGAUGACUAUUUCUGCAUGUCUGUGGAUUGAAGGUAUUUUUACCACAAGAAAUACCUACUGCAAGAUAUAGCAUUCAGUCUGUAUUUAUUUAACAGAAAACCAGAAUAAAUUAGUUUAAUUUUAUGGAUCUGUUAAAUAUCCCAAGCAGAGAUAAACAAAGACUAGGACAUUCUUCUCCUUUCAUAAUAUAUUGUCAUCACAAGUUAAAAGUUUGUCCAAAGAAAUAUCUGACAAAGCCUUCGUUUGAAGUAGUUGUUAACUACAUUAUAAAAGUGUACACUCUAAAUGUAGUACAAAAGUAAUCUGUAGCAGCUGUCAGAAUGGCUUUGAAGCUGUAUGAUUACAGCCUUUGAAGCCAAUCCUUUUGGCAAUUGGUCAUGCCCUGUGGCUGUUGUUAAACGAAAAAGUUAUGAAGGAACAAAUUUUCAUUGUGACUUUCAAAAUUGGAUAGAAUUUGUAUUCUACUUCUAAGUCUGUUCACUUCAAAAUUUUCAAUAAAACGUGUUAUUGCAUUGAAAAUUGUGUUCCCGUGGUAGUAUCGUUUCUUCAUUUGAUCAGCACACAUAGCUUACCGGGAUAUGUAAUUUGUAUUUAUGCAGUAGUAAUGAAAAGGCAAAAAGCUUUGAAAUGAUUGCUGGCAUAGUUGAGAAAAUCAAGUAAACUAUGAAGAGGAAAUUGUUAUAAUCUUUUUCUGUGGAUUUUAUACAUUUUUUAAAUAACCAGAAUUGAUGAUUUAGCCAAGUAUCUCCAGGCUGAAGUGUUUUUAUGUGAACUGCAGAAGUAUACUUUCCUGCUGUAAAUGUCAUUCCAAUUAACAUUUUGGAAAAUAAAAAUUUUCUGCCUUUAUAAAUCAGUGAAGGGUGGUGCUCUAGUUACAGAAAUCAUGUAGUAAUAUUAUAAUUAAGAGUUCAUAUGUAACUUUUCCACUACAGUGAAGGGUGCUGUGACUCUUAACUGACUGACUGUAUAGAUAUUAUAUUCAGAAUUAUGUAUGAAUGCAUAAUGUAUUCAGAAUAAAUGCCCAACCUAGCCACUAAAGAACAUAAGUCCAUGUUUGUUACUGUUAUGAAUGUCAGAGGUUAAAAAAGUAUUUUAUGUAUCCAAGUUCGUGAAUUAUGAAAGUAUAAAUUGAAGACCCCCACCCAUCAGUUAUACAGAAUUUGUUGAAUUGUGUGCACAUUCAUGAAACAAUGUAACUUUAUUAAAAAUUAGGAGUUUUUUCCAUUGCUGUUGCAGUAUAGGAGAUGAUAAACUAAUUUCAGUAAAAUAACAUUUGUAAUAGAUGGUUUUAGUAAAGUCCUAAAUAAAUUUAAUGUGUAAAUGUAAAGCAGUCAGUUUUGUGAGAGGUAUUU